UCGCGUCAAUCGACUGAGAAUACAAGAGCACGUAAACGCUGUCACACAUGUCAACAUAACAACAACAAGAACGACAACAACAACGUAAUACAAGUGCUCAAUGAUAAUCACAGCAACAACAAGUAGUCAGCGAAAGCAACAAGAAUGCUGUUGAAACGACAGCAAAGUAGGGAAGUGGCAACAAGUAACAAGAUAACUUGCUGAACUACUAAGGAUAACAGAGAAUCAGUUGGAGAAGGUGCCAGCCAGCGCCAGUGAACGUAGCGAUAUAGUCGAAGACGACAGAGCCUUCGCCUACAUAGUAUAUGCAGUGAAUUAACCUUCACAAGCGUCAAUAGCCACAAAGAGAUCGAAGAACGCAGCUGCAUUUUACGAAAGCGAUAAAAGAGGAGAUUGUAAAGUCGAAAGAGCGACAGAAACACAGAUACAGCAAAGGCAAAAGCAAAAGCGGCGAAUAUAACGAUUGAAUGCAACAUGCAGGCGACAGCGAGUAGCCAACCCAAGCAGCAGCAGCAGCACAGCUUACAAACUCAAUGCGGAAAUUGAGCUCCUGUAAAAAGGGAGUAAAUUUUUGGGGCGAGAGCUUUUUCUCGCUCACAGCCAAAAAAAUAACAACAUAAAUAAAUUGCACACAUCAUAAUUGUUACAAUUAUUGCAAAGACAUUAAGAUUAAGCUUUGUCGCAACAUUGCACUAUUAGAAAAAAUAAGAUGUCGACACGCAAAUCGGUGCCUGCAGCUGCGACAACGGCUGCAACAGCACCACAAACAUCAUCAUCAACUUCAAAAUCAGAUCCGAAAGGGACACCAAAAGCUCCUCCAGUCACAGCCAGUACAAGCGCUAAUACUAAAACAGAAAUGGGUUCGAAUGUAUCCUCUAACGCUUGUGAUGAUGUUGAAAUGAACGAAGCGUUGGAUUCAUCUCCCAACACGGAAACUUUAAAAACAGAUAUCAAACGCGCCAGUAGUGAACCAAAACGCAUAACAAGAAAUUCACCGCUAUUCAUUAUAUCUCCAACACCGUCAGGCGGUAAAGGAAAGGAAUCGCGCAGCAAUGAAGCUUGUGAUGCUGAAUUGACAAAUAGUGAGAGUGAAGAUGGUAGUGCUGUGCGGCGUUUAAAUCAAAUAAAAGGCCGAAAGUCAUUGAAGGAGUGCAGGGAAAUAAAAGCAGGUGCCGAAAAGGAUAAAGCAAAGGAAGAAAAUACUGCAGAAAGCAAUGAAACUGAUAAGACAACUAAGGACGUCAAAGGAGCUACUGAUGAAAAAAAUCUAGAUGAAGGCGAAGUGGAAAGCACCUCCCUAAAAGAUAGUGUCACGCCAAAUGUGCUUGUAAGUGCUUCAAUAACUACAACAACAACAAAUAGAAUGACUAGAAAGUCUAUGGCACAAGAAUUGGCAGCAAACACAAGAGUAACUCGCAACCGACAGACAAACACACAACGUCCUGAAACACCUCCCAUUUCCACAGUAUCGACUCGUCCGCGUCGUUCGACAGCCGGUAAGAAAAACUCGUUUUCAUUAAGUGAGCCAGUGUCAAAGCGCAAACGUGGCGAUGAGGAAACCACAGUAGUAACAGAAACACCUGUUGGCAAAUCUAUUAAAAUCGAGCCCAAAGAUGAUUCCGAAGCUACGGAAGAUGAGUUGCCACCUCCGAGUCAUUCGGUUAGCAGUAAUAAUGACAUUGACACAUUGAAAAUAAAAUCAGAGCCCAUCGAAAGCGAUGAAUCCGCAACAGAAGCGAGCAUCGCAGGCUCAAACUCCAGUGUGACGCGUAGUCGUAGCCGUUGGAGUGUGCGCAAACCUCAGCAAACAAACCUGCAAUAUUCUCCAAGCACACGUGCCACUCGUCACUCAAAGAAUGCUUCACCGUCACCAUCACCGACCACAUCAACAACUUCCAGCGCAAGUGGUAGUACUACAACAGAGUCAAAGCGUAAACGUGGUAAUACUCAAACGAACGCAUUGACUCGUAGUUCGUCUUUGACGCUAUUAAAGGCGACAGCUCAAAAUCCAGCUGCUACACCACUUCACGUACCUGACGAAGACUCAAAAGAUAGCAUGGCUUCAUCAUCCAUAGAUGACAUUUCAAUAACAGAUAUCAAGUUGGAAAAAUUGACGCCCGAUUUAGCCGACGAAAUAAAUCUUGACAUUGAGCUAGAGAAAAGUCAUGUAUACACUACAAGUAGUGCUGUUGUUUUACCACUAACAGUUGAGACAGAAACAGAAACGAAAAGCGAAUCAAAGCAUGCGAAUAUUCCAAUCAAAGGUAGUGAAACAAAGGAUGGGGUACCAAUUGAAAGACCAACCACGCCGUUGGCCACCACCAGUAACUCUUCAGCAGUACAUGAGGAGGUACAUGCUAAGGCAGCCUCAUUAAGCCCUGAAAUGGUCAGUGAAGGAGUAAGUGAAAUUAGUGUUAAACAGUUCUAUAAGAAACCAAAAUUCUUGGAAAAUAAUUUGGGAAUCGAAGAAGAUCCCAAAUUAGGUGAAAUUGUGCAGAAAGUGAGUACAGAAAAGGAAAAGGAACAAACCGUAGUCGAAGACAAGGAGGAUGUAAUGCAUUCUGUUGAAAGUGAGGAAAUAUUGCUAUCAUCCAUGGGUAAAAUAGCUUCUGAUGAGAGUGAUGCAAUAUCGGUUGAAAGCGAUGAAAUGAAAGAGGGUGACCUACAUGUUGAAGACAUUACCAAUGAUAAGAAAAAUGCAUUCAAUGAUGAUGCUAAUAGUUUGAGUACGGAAAUUUUGUCGCCGCUAAUAAUCGAGGAGGAUGGUGAUGCUGAAGUUUUAGAUGAAGAGGUUGAAAUAAAGGAAUCUGCAAACAGUGAAAUAAAUGAAAGUAUAAUUAAUUCUGUUGAAAAAGACGUCAAAAAAUCUACAAACGAAAUAGAUGCUGAAGAUGACGUCACAAUGGAAGAGAGCGAGACCAUAUCCAUGGAUAACAAUGCUUCAGUUCAAGAAGAUAUAAUGGAAGUUUUGCACGUUGAUGAAGAUAUGGAAAAUGACACUGAAAAUUUGGAAAAUAAAACCGGUUUAAGUGUCUUAGAUGAAAAUGUUAAAGAAGUGAAUGAAAAGACUAAAACUGCAUGUGAUAGUAUACAAGCCAAGCUUAAAAUUGAAAAUGAAAAUAAAACCUUAACAAAAAAUGAAGUCAUCGAGGAUGAAAAUGAUAUAAAAAUAAAAUGCUUAAUUGAAGAUGAAAGUGUUGAUCCAAAAUUUCCAGAAGACAAGCUUAUCACAAUGGAUGUUGAAGGUGAUGAAUGUAUAGAUCUGGCAGAAGCUAUGGAUGAAGUUAAUUCAGAUGAAGAAGAUGAGACAAAAUUAUGUAUUGAUAUGCAGGAAUCAAAGAGUCCAACUGCUGAUAUGGAGAUUAUUGAAAAUAUAGAGGACGAUGAGGUUGUCGCCAAAAUUGAUGCAGAACUGAAGAAGUACGAUGAUUUAGAGAAGAUUAAGAUUCAUGAAAAAGUUGCAAACGCCGAUUUGGUUAUCGCUGAUAAAGAUAACGUUUUAAAAGUUAUCAAAUUGUCCGAACCCUUAGUUGCCAUUAAAUCGGGUUGGACACUCAAAGACGUAUUGGAAAAUGUUAAAAAAACUGAAAUUUCUGAAAAAAUUGACACAGCACCGAUUGCAGAGGUGACUACACUAGUAGCUGCAGACAAUUUGGAAAUUAAGGAAACUAAUAACUCUGAAGCUGCAGAUAAAGUCACACCAGUUUCUUCGACAAACAAUUCGCCUACCAAGCAAACAGCUGAUCAUAAAGAGGACGAUGCUACAUCCGUCAAAUCAGGUCAGUCCACUGAUGGCGGCUCCUGGGUGACACUUGAAUUGGAGCACGAUGAAGAAACCUUACGUCAGAAAGAACAACAUUUGCAGAAUUUAGGGCUCUUAACACACGAAGCCGCCGAAAAGCGUCGCCAAGAAUUUAUACAAAGUUCUGCCGCUGCUGAAGCUACACGUGCACAACAACAACACUCGAGCGGUAAUGGCAGUAAACGCAAUGGCAAGUCAGCGAAUGCGGCGUUGACGCAUGAAUACACUGGCACGCUAAAGACCGUUAUUAAAAUAAACCGUAAUACAAGUGGUGGAAGUCAUACAUCGACCACGGGCGGUAGUAAUGGACGCAAGAGUAAUGGUAAUGGCACAGCAUUGGCUGGCAGUUCUACAUCGAAGGAUGCGUCGAAUGGCACUGUGCGUAGACAAUCACUAAAGAUUACAUUCCAAAAGGGACGUGGACGUGGUCAAGGCAAUACUGAUCGUGCCGCUGAUCAGCACAGCAAUGGAGAGGACGCCUACUAUACUAUACAAAAUGAGAACGAAGGUGGGCAAAAAGCUGGCAACGCCGGUCCUACGGCGGACCAUUCAAAUGUUCAAACGCAUGGUAGAAAAUCAUACAAUCGAUCUAACACUACUAGUCAUUCUACAAAUACCGCUACCAUUGAUUCGUCACAUUCGGAGGGUUAUGACAUAGCGCAUCACAAUACCAUUGCAAGCGCUUCACAUAAAAAGGACGAAAAAGAAGAAAUACUCAUACCAGAAAAAGCAUCAUCAUUCAAAUUUCAUCCAGGUCGACUUUGUGAUGACCAGUGCUUCUACUGUAGCGGUAAAUUUGGUCUAUAUGAUACACCCUGCCAUGUGGGCCAAAUCAAAUCAGCUGAGCGGCAGCAGAAGAUACUUGCAAAUGAAGAGAAACUAACAGUGGAUAGUUGUUUGUGUGAUGCUUGCUUCCGUCAUGUGGACAGACGUGCAAAUGUUCCCUCCUACAAGAAACGCAUGUCUGUAACGGGACAAGUUGAUAACGCUGCCACCUCAGCCGGCGCUGAUGGAAUCGACAAUGCAACAUUGGAUGCCGAAGAUGAUCUCAGAUCUCAUAAAUGUUUAAUGCCAGAUUGUACCAACCCAACGGCACACUCUCUGCGCCGUAAAUGCAUACGGAAGAGUGUGAAAAAGUUCUUACUAAACUUUGAUAUGCCCACCGGUUCGACUUGUGUAUGGCUCUGUCAGGCGCAUUACGAUACUGUCAUACAAUGUUCGGGAUGUGUAUUGUGUAAACGACGUUUGGGCAAAAAUCAUAUGUAUCACAUAACGUCGGACACUGAUCGUCUGGAAAAAGCUCUUUCCGAGAUGGGCAUUCCAGUACAAUUGGGCAUUGGCACGGCUGUCUGCAAACUAUGCCGUUAUUUUGCAAAUUUGUUAAUGAAACCGCCAGAUAGCACCAAAUCACAAAAGGCAGAAUUUGUCAAAAAUUAUCGUAAACGGCUUCUACAAUUUCACAAUAUUCACGACGGCAGUAACGAUGCUUCAGAGGCGGAUGAUGAAGACGCUAAUAUCACCAAUAUAAUGAGUGAGGCUGAUAAAUCUACCAUGAGUAACAAUAAAACGCCUCAAAAAGCGGAUAAGACCGACACGUCCAUAGUGCUUGAGGAGACCCCGGUCAAGAAUUUACCCUCACCCGCUGAUUCUAAUGGUUCUUCAAUUGAAUGCUUGGGUGAGGCAAUGCCUAUGGAAAUCAGUACCAGUGAGAAUAACGACACUGCAAAGACACAACAAAAGCAUAUACUGCAUGCGAGCGAUAUGCUCACCGACUACGAUCCACCAACUACAUUAUCGACCGAUUCCAAUUCUUCUAGCGCACCAAUGUCACCAACAAACAGCUGCGCUUCCGGAAAACAGCAAAUGUCAAAGCUCAAGGCCAUUUUGCAGAGCAGCAGUGGUAGCGCUAAUGCCGGAAAAACAGCGUCGACGUCAGCAAACGCCGGUGCUGCAAGUGAUAUAUCGAAUGUAUUGCGUGCAAAUCCCAACAUUUCCAUGCGUGAACUCUUUCCCGGCGAAGAGGAUCUCGGUCUGCAUUUCAAAGUGCCUUUCGGCAGCAGCGCAAGUCAGCGCACGCCAGAAGGCUGGACACGUGUACAAACGUUUUUACAAUACGAUGAGGCAACACGACGUUUGUGGGAGGAGCUACAAAAGCCCUACGGCAAUCAAAGUUCUUUCCUACGCCAUCUCAUACUCUUGGAGAAGUACUAUCGCAAUGGCGAUCUGGUGCUUUCGCCAAACGCUUCUUCCAAUGCUAGUGUUUACACACAGACGGUGCGCCAGCGACUCUCCUCGUACGAUCAGGGGCACUGUGGUGGAUUGUUAAGCGCUAAACCCAGCCCGUCCACCAGCAAGCGUAGCAGCACCGACAUUCCCACUGUAGAAAUCAAUGAAGACGAUGAUGAACCGCAGCGUGUUGGUUCGAAUGAAAGUAAAGGCCAAAAGUUGGAUGUGGAGACUCCCAAUGCAAUGCGUGCUAAACGCGCACGCAGUGAUUCUGUAGACAAACUAACUAAACAGUUAAACUCCAAUGCUGUGACAAUAACGGCGCGUUCGAAACCUCAGUCCCAAUCAAGUGGUGAUCCUUCGCCACAGAAGUCACUGCUGAAGGAGAAAUCGAAUGACAACAGUGCAAUGCCCUCGACCACCUUAACUGUUUUGAGUGGCAACAGCGCCAGCGGUGCGGUCAGUGGUGGCAGCAACAGCGUUGCUAGCAGUAAUACGUCCGGCAAUAGUCGCAGUAUUUUGAAAACAAAUCUGCUUGGCAUUAAUAAAGCUGUUGAAAUUUUGCCAAUAUCAGCGUCAAGCAACGCUCCCAGCACUAAUGCAACAACGAGCGCUGGCAAAGCGCAUGGCAGCACUGAAACUAAACAGCAAAAGAUACUCGAUUUAGCAAAUAAGCUUUUGGACAAUCGCAACGAGGCGGAGAAAACGAAAAACAGUGCGGGUGCUUCUUUAUUAACAUCACCGCCCGAAUUAGUAAGUUUACAAAGGCGCUCUGUCGGUGCUGCCGCUGGCAGCAGUGGCUCAACAAGCGCCACUAGUACCGUGACAGCGCCCCCCACAAGUAUUGCAAGUGUGUCUUCACUCACUGCCAGUCUUAUCAAUAACAAGCGUACUCCGGCUACUGCAAAGCCUGGCGCCGGUACUGCAAGUGAAAGUGGCGCGGCGUCGCAUCGCCCGCCACCACCUAACGUGGUUAUACUGCCCGAUACGUUGACAGUCCGCGAGCGUCAACAGCGCAGCUGGCGCCCGACGCUUAUGCCUGUAGAGGAGAAUUUGCAUUUAAUCGACAAGGGUGGUCCGCUGUACCAGACUGCGGACGGUCGACGGCUGCCGGCGCUGGUGCAAGUACUUUCCGGUGGCAAACCGUUCCUCAUCUCCAUAUUCGAUUACAACCGUAUGUGCAUUUUGAGGCGUGAGAAAUUGUUACGCGAUCAGAUGUUAAAGACUGGCAAGAAUCCGCACGAUGUCAAGCAACAGCAUCAACAGCAACAGCAGCAGCAACAACACCAACAACAACAUCAGCAACAACAUCAGCAACCAACGAAAGUAGCAACGGCACCGAAUCUGCAAGUGACAAACUUUAACAAACAUGCCGCCAAACAACAACAACAACAUCAUUUACAACAACAACAUCAGCAGCAACAGCAAGCGGCACAGCAACAAUUGAUGCAACUACAAAUGAUGCAAUUGCAGAAACAACAUGCGCUAAAAGCUCCCGGCCGCUAUCCAACAAUCGCUCCCAAACCCACCGCCACCGCUACACACAACGGUGGUAACGGCGCACCAACUUCACACGCAGCUGUCACCAACGUUAGCGUACCGAAUUCAAAUGCCAGCGUUUUCUCCUCACCCAUAAUGCCCCUGCUGACCAAUGCCUUCUCAAAUCCGAAUUCAAAUCCACUAGCAGUUGCUGCUGCUGCCGCCGCUGCCACAGCCAAGCUCAAUAACAAUGCCUGGAUUUGGAAUUUCCCGGAAUCAACGCAUAUGCUGAACGGCGGCAAUAUGGUGGGUGCACAAGCUGCAGCCAAAUUGCCGCAAUUAUUACACAAGGGCCCACAAAUUGGCGGUGGUGUUGGCAACGUCACAGCAACUAUGACAUCCAAACAACAACAACAACAACAGCAGCAACAACACCAAAUGCUGAUUGACAACACAUUGAUGUCGAAAAUACCGAAAACCCUCACUGUUAUACCACAACACAAACUAAUGGGCAACAGCGGCAACGCGACGGCCAACAUGAGCCACAAAGAGUGAUGACAACUUAAUUGUUACGCGAGUGUGAAGGGCAGAAGAGAGCGACGGCAACGUCGUCUAUACGGCGCUUGGUUGAGUAGUUGAACGUUGCAGUGACAGGCGACAAUCGCGUAAGUUAGCAUUAAACAGUUCAACUUGCAGCUAAAAAGUUGCUAACGGUCAUACAGGGGUGCGAAUAAGAAAGAAAUACCGUAUUUUUGCGGUUCAAGCUAAGCGGUUAUCUGCAUUGUUAGCUGGCUGGUGUAUCUUUUUAAAAGUGAGUUGCAUUAAAUAUCCGUGGUCAUAUCUAGCAGUUGAAAAAAGUGUAUUUACAAAAAAAUUUUAAUGUUAGAGUGCUUAAAUUAAAUUUGACAAAAAAUUUGCCUUAAAAACUUGGUCCAACCAGCAAUAUGUUGUUUAACGCUAAAACACCAACAACUACCACUUAAAAUAUCACGCAUAAUAACGGUUUCUGAUUUAUUGCAACACACUAAUAAACAAUAAUUGACUGCUCUAACAUGCAAUUAAGAUGCCAAAUUGACAAUCAUCAAUUAUGAAAUAUUAUGCCGAUCUGCCAGUACACUAUCUCAAUUAAGCUUAGCUCCGAAUUUUGUUCUAUUAUGUGUCUGAUAUGGCCAAUAAAUGUGCGUUGUUAGUAAUUUGUUUGCUGAGAGUGUAAAUAUAUAACAGAAUUAUUGUUAAACAUACCGCAUAUGCAAGAAACUGUGUUGAAAAUUGAUAAACAAUUGUUGAAUAUGUAGCGCUCAAACAAUUGCACCCGUUCUACACAGUCACUAGCCUUACGUUUGUUUGCCAGCUAACACAAUGUAUUACGUUGUGUCAAAUCUUGCGAAACUGCAUAUUAGACGAUAUUUUGCCGCAACAAAUGCAUGCGGCUAUUUAUCAGGGAGAUUUUAACAAUGUAUAACAAUUACAUAUUACAUUAAUCAACUAACUGUAAUCUUAUCGCCAAUAUGAAACCAAAUUAUUUACACGCCUAAACAUAAGUACUAUUUUGCGAUAUGAAACCAUAAACCUACACACAUGUAUCAUACAAUUAAAACGUAAUAUUAUCGUAGUGAUAGAGCUAUAUUUAUUAAUAAUAUAAAAAAAAAACAAUUCUAAAAUAAGUACAUUUAAAAAUAUAUACAUACAAAUAUAUAUAUAUUUUAUUAGCGGCAAGUAAAUGCAACCCUUUUAGGCAAUAAUUACAACAAAAAAAAAACAAAAUUAAUUCAGUAGUAUGUAAAAGCAAAGCGUACAUAACGCGCAUGUAAUGAAAUCUAACCUCAAAAUUGCCCUUACAGAAUUAUAACUUUAGACUAGUUAAUAAAUACAAAAUACAAAACACAAAACUUUUAUGAAAAUGUUAAGGAAAACAGUGCCUAAAAUACCGACAAAAAUGCAAACGAAACAACAACAAAAAGAAGAUGUAGAGUAGAUGUAGUUGAAGCAAAAACAUCACAUGCAAAAAUUCUGCAGGAAUUAAUGUUUAAAUUUAUUGUAUCAAACAAUAAAAUUGAUAUUUAUGUGCAUAAACAUUGAAAAUGGUAGUAAGAAAAUCACUUGAAGAGCAAGUGAUAAACGUUGAAUAAAGUAAUGCCAAUAUGAAAUGUAACUACGAGUUAUUACAAAACAUUCAUUUAUUGAAAUUUGAUUAAUAUUAAUGAAAACAAAAGAUUGUUGUUUAUUAUAUACAUACAUACAAAUAUAUAAAAAUUAUAUACAUACAUAUAUGCGUAAACAUUAAAUUGAAAAAUUUGCAAAAACAAGCACUCAUAAAUAUAUUUACAUGAAAAAUAAUUACUGUUACGCAAUGAAAUGAAAUGAAUUUUACGGCAAAUGAAUUGCGAAUUACAUACACAUCCAUUUGCAAAUAUUAUACUUUAAUUGUAUACUCUGUUUAUUUGUUAAUUAGUUUAAGCUAGACUACCACAUACCUAUUUACAAUGCAUAUAUGCACAUCCAUAUAUACAUGUAUGCAUAUAUAUGUAUAUAUAUAUGCAUAUAUGUGUGUGUGUGUGCAACUUAGUCGAUAAGUUCCAUAUUAAAUUAUUUAAUUUGACUUUGUUUAGUUUAAUCAUGUAAUCUGCAUAUAAUUACUCAUACUUCAAAUAUUAAAAAAAAUAUAUAUAUUUUAACAGCAGCAUCAACUAUUUACGUUUA